AUGCAGCUCCCCACAUUUUUCCUCACUAUUACCUUCUUCACGAUAGGCCAUGCUAAUGCAGGUAAGAUUGGCCCUCCCCUGGCCCCAUUCAUCGUUUGUGACUUCAUGCCAACCCUCAUGGCAGCCUCGAUUCGUCGUCAAAAUGGCGGGUUUCGCGACUUCGUUACUGGAGCGGGAAGUGCGGUUUUUGGGAAUGCAGGAAGCAAAUGUUCCGUUGGUCUUGAUGAGGGCGAAUGUGAUCAAUUUGGGAGAUGCGUGCAGUUUAUUCCUCCGAAUGAGCAGAGCAUCUUGAACCAGGGACGAGAGGUUGAUGAAUGCAUCAAGGGAGGGCAGACUGGCACCUUGAAGGUUUAA